AGCGCCCGCUGCCCCUUGCUGCGGCGGGGACGGAGGAGGAGCGGAGAGGGCGGGGGGGUCACGUCUGCACGCGUGCUGCAGGGAAAGGCACCGGAGGGCUCCGCCAUGUCCUACUGCAGGCAAGAAGGAAAAGACAGAAUUAUAUUUGCGACCAAGGAGGACCAUGAGACACCAAGCAGUGCUGAGCUGGUUGCAGAUGACCCAGAUGACCCUUACGAAGAACACGGCUUGAUAUUGCCCAAUGGAGAUAUCAAUUGGAAUUGCCCAUGUCUGGGUGGAAUGGCUAGUGGUCCCUGUGGGGAACAGUUCAAGUCAGCUUUUUCUUGUUUCCACUAUAGUACAGAAGAAAUAAAGGGAUCAGACUGUGUGGACCAAUUCCGUGCCAUGCAGGAAUGCAUGCAGAAAUACCCAGAUCUUUACCCUCAAGAGGAUGAAAAUGAAGAAAAAGAGAAGUCAAGCAAAGAUUUGGAAGCUACUCCUAUGGAGGCUCCUGUUGCCAAAGAGGAGAAUGGAUCUAGCUAAUGAAGAUGCAAGGAGGCUGUUGUCUCCAUUUCUCAUUUUCAGAGACAUGGACGUGUGUCUGUCUUUUGAGUCUCAACAAAUGUUUCACCAUUGUUCUAUACACUGUAUCAUAGUAAAUAAUUUAUUGCUGAAGGAGAAAUCUCGUUGCAACCGCUUUGCAAAUAAGUACUACAAAAGGAAUGAGUAUAUGUAUGUACUGUGCAACCUGUCAGACACAGUUAAUACUUUAACAGCUGUUUUUUACCCUCAAGUUCUCCUUGAGUUUUGACUUGAAUAAUGCCUUUAAAUGUCUAUCUCUUUCAACUAAAAUUCCAGUAGCACACCAGGUCUGUCUUCAUUUCAGUGUGUUCUGAUCAAUAGUUGCUCUUCUUUAAUGUAUUCUGUUCUAUUAAUAGAUUUUGCAUUAAAUGUUUGUUUUUCCUUAAAGAUUUUUUUGUCAGAGUGAAUGCAGGACAUUGAAAAUGGCCUAAAUCUAGAAUCUGUAAAAUAAUUUCAAAUUGUCUGAUUUGAUUAUGGCUGAAUUGUAAUACCAGCAUCAGGUAAGGAGUGCCAGGAGAGUGUUGAGAUAGGUAUCUCCUUUGAUGUCACUUGCUUGUUGUGAUGGCUUUUGCAUUUUUAAAAAUGGUUAAAAAUGUGUGCAACCAUUGAUUGAGGUGAAUGCAAAGAACGUUGAUCACUGGCUUUAUUUUUGCUCUGAAACCACGGUUUUUGGAUUACUUUUAUUUAGUGCCUGCUCCUUCAGUAUAUAGACAGGCUCUUGUGAAAUGCUUUGAGAGUACAAUGAAAAUGUUACCUGGUGUCAUGAUGUCAAAACAGAUACUGUGACUUAACUGUGUAUUAAAAAGCAAAUACUUUUUACCUUAAAUAUAA